AAACGACUGUGCUCUAUGAUUUAGAGAAGGCUUUAGUGUAUUUUUACACAUGUCUAUAUACAUCACUGCUCCUGAAUCACUUUUGCAAAGAUACCAGCAGGUCUUCGGCCAGGUCAUUGCCUUUGAAGGCCAAGAGAUACAAAUAAAGGAGAAAAGACCGAGACCAUGCUGUUUUAACUGUGGUUCUGUGGACCAUCAGCUGCGAGACUGUCCAGAGCCUAAAGAUAUGGCUCGCAUCAAUGAGAAGAGGAGGGAGUUUUCACAGAACAACACUCCGAGCAACCAGCGCUACCAUGUAGAAGAGGUCGAGGAGCGAUUUGCAAAGUACAAGCCAGGACAAGUGAGUCAAGAGCUCCUUGAUGCCCUUGGGGUCGCAGCAAACACCCUUCCACCAUUCAUCUAUCGCAUGAGGGAGCUGGGCUACCCACCUGGCUGGUUAAAAGAAGCAGAGAUGGAAAACUCUGGUUUAAUGCUCUAUGAUGGAAAGAGAACAAAUGAUGGUGAGCCUUCUGAAGAUGAAGAAAAACUCAGCCAAAAGAUAUCUUAUGAUGUCUCCCAGCUGGUGGAUUUUCCUGGAUUCAAUGUCAAUGCACCACCCAAUAUAAGGGAUGACUUCAUGUCUUUUCGAUCCAUUCCCAUGCAGCCUCAGCACUGGAAACAAACUUUUGCUGCUUUUUUGAGCAAUACUUUUCCAGAGCCUGGCUCUAACUGCAAUAAGAGACGUCAUGAGUCUGAAUCGACACCCGUUCUGAUAAAGAAACAGAGAUCCAAUUCAGACCCACACCACUGUUCUGAUAUGGAGAGGGAGUCAGAUUAUGACGCACAUCAAAUUAGACCUGUUGGAUUCCAGUUCCAACCACCACGCCCUCCUGGUUCUUCGCCCGUACACAUUCCUCCAUCCCUACCACUGGGAACGCCUCCAACCAUGACUACCCCACCUCCACUCCCUAAAGGCACUCCACCUGCAACUCCGCCCACAAAUUAUUCUCCAUCCAGUCGAGUGAGAGGUAUAACUGGGGGGGAGGAAUCAGAAGAUGGACUAACCCUGGAAGAACUUGAGGAGCAGCAAAGGGUUCUUUGGUUAGCCCUCAAGAAUGCAGAUACUUCAACUAACAGCGAUUCUGAGGCUGGAGCUUCUGGGACCCCUGUCCCAAGUUCCCCCAGUAUUUGCACUCCUGUCAGGCCUGAUGCAGAAGAGGAAGAACAACAGGUUAAGUUGGAGAACCUGAGUCAUACAUUUGAAAUCAUGAGCACACCUGCUUCACCCAUUGAAGAGCCAGUCGCCAAUGUUUGUGAGGAUGAGAUGAAGAGAAUUGAUAAAACAACUACUGUCGGAGAGGUAAAAUCUAUCGAUAUGCAAACAGAGAUGAGUGACAUUAUUGUCCUGGAUGAAAUUUAUGAUGAAAACGAAGAUCAAGAUGGAUCGAAUGGCACUGAAGUCACUCCACAAAUAAGCACGCAAGAGUCAAACGCUCCAGUGGCUGAGGACACAGAGGAACCUGAGAUGAAUAAAGUAACUUUCGUCCCGCACCGUAGCAAAUUUGCUGCAGGAAUAAUUCCUUUUGAGGACACACCUGAGUUUACAGAGGUUACUGAAGCAACAGGGGUUUACCUCAAAAUUCGAGAUCUACUCAAAUGCGCCCCAAGAAAUCAAGCCAAAAACAAAAAAUAAUUGAAGACAUCUGUUUUUACUGCCAUCUUGUGGGCCAUAAAUGCUUUUUUUAUUUUUACCCUUACCCAGUCAAUGUAUAUGUUGUAUAACUUUGGUUAUCUGUGUCUUUCUUUACAGGUUAUCAAUGGUGUAAUUUGUAUCGUUUUUAAAAUGACAAAAAUGUCUAAAACACAGAUUGGCACGUUCAGUCUAUAUGUAGACAUUAAGUGGCUUUUGUACUUCAGAUUUACUCUAGAUAUUAGUUUUAUUCUUCCUAUUGUGUUAUUAGGGUCCUUUUUAGCAACAUCUCAUGGCAUACUGUUUUAUGCCAACCACAGUUCAUUUGUGAAAUUUAUUCUGAAUAUAUUUCAUCUUAAAUCAUUUUUUAAAGAUUCUGAUUUUAUAUGGGUAGUCCCACUUCCCUGAAUUAAACUUUUUAACUAGAACACGGUAGUAGAAGCAAAUCAUUUCACUUUUAAUAUUUCAAUAUACUAUAGUUAUUUUAUUUUCUACACAUUUUAUUCAAUUAUUUGAUCCCUAUUACCACACAACCAGAGCCAGGUAAAUUUUAUUCCUUCAACUUUCACAAUCAUUCACCAUAGAACGCUGCCAGCAAUAGUCCACACAAAAAAUCUCUAAUUUUCUCAACCUCAUGCCGUCCCAGAUCUGUAUGACUUCUGCUGUACACAAAGAUUUUUUUUUUAAGAAUAUCUCAGCUCUGUAGGUCCAUACAAUGCACAAUUGUAUGCAAUUUUAAUGCAUAAAAGUAAUCCAUAUGACUCGUUGUAAAUCUAUAUUUUCUGAAGUGAUAUAAUAAAUUUGGGUGAGAAACAGCUCAAUAUUUCUGUCCUUUUUACUAUAAAUCUCCACUUUCACUUUCUGAAAUCUCACCCAAAGAGAUUGCAUCGCUUCUGAAGACAAACUCUACUAUACUCUAUGGGUUACUUUAUGCUGCCAUUUUGAAGCUUUCAUUCACUUGCAUUGAAAGGACCUACAGAGCUGAGACAUUCUUCUAAUAAUCUUAAUUUGUGUUCAGUAGAAGAAAGAGAAUCAUACAGAUCUGAAAUGCCAUGAAAGUGAGUAAAUGAGGAUUGACGUUUAAUUUUUGGGUGAACUACCGGUAUCCUUUUAUUACAGGCACCGUUAGCAGGGAUCAAACCAGCAAUGUUCCAACCUCCAGCCCUGGGCCUUAACCACUACACCACACUGAUUAGAGAAACAGCUGGAAAUGAGUUGCUGUUUACAUUUAUUUUUUGCCAGACCUUUGAGACGAUGUCUGGUUAAAAUGAUAGUUUCUUCUGAAGAAUCACCCACUUAGACAGUCAACCAGUUUUUUUUUUUUCUUCAUUUGACAUACAGGGUUUGAUAAAUCUGAUAUCAGACCUAUGAAUCAAACUUUACUGUAAGAACAAAACAAAAUAUACAAGUGUGCACAUGGAUAUUUCAUUUUAUUGCUAUUAAGUGUCAACUUUUUUUCAGAUUGAUCAAAACUGUGCUUCUAGACUCCUGGAAAUUGUGUAAAGCCAGCCAGGUCAGAUUGAGGCUUGCAAUUUAAACCCUGCCCUCCUCAGUACUGACAGUACUGCUAACUGUCAAGCUUUACUAGGUUUUUCUGUUGCCAUGCAGAGAGAAGUGGUCGGGUUUGGUCAAUUACCUCAGGAAUUGCCUUAUAGUAGUAGCAAAACUGUGUAUUAUGUAUACAGUUUAAGUCAGAAGUUUACAUAACAUUUUACAAUUGUGAAAAUCUGAGUUUAAAUGUAUUUGGCUAAGGUGUAUGUAAACGUCUGACUUCAACUGUAUGUGCAUGCAUGCUCCCCCGGCAUUUAAAAAUAGCAAUGACAUAUUUGUGAAAGUUCGUCACACUUUCAUCUAGGCUGAGGCAGUCUUUAAAAAGAUUUUAAAUGUGCACUCAGUAACCUUUGUCUUUGUGUCAUCUUGUGCUUACACCUAGCAGCUUGGAUGCAGCUUAAUUUAUAAUCAAUUGUUUUCUGAUGGUAUUGAUCAAAUGUAGUAUUCAGUCAGCCAUGAUUACUUUAAUCAAUGUGUGAAAGUGUCAAAUGAAAGGACAGUUACUGAGAUUAGGUGAGUAAUAUUCAGCUGGUCAUGUGAUUCAAACAUUGCAGCCCCCAUGUGCGGACCCUCUCCAUGUAGAAUAAAACUGCAUUUAUAAGGUUACUGAUAUGACUGGAGUCUUAAGGAUACUGUGUAUAUUCUGCAUAUAUAACAAGAGCCCCAGCAACAAUGUUUUAUAUUUUUUGAUAAUUUCUGUAAAACAUUGUGCCUAACAAUCUCCUUUUGCUGUAACUACAGUGACAAUAUAGCAGGGCCUCUUGUACCUUACUAGGAAUAUUUCACCCAAAAAUGACAAUUCUGUCAUAAUUUACUCACCCUCAUAUGUCAUUUCUGAUUCAGACCCACAUGACUUUUUUCUUUCCGUGGAUCACAAAAGGAGAAAAUUUGAAAUUUGGUCAUUUUUUGUUGCAAUUACCAUACAUAUUGACUUAAGCUGUCAAGGUUAAAAAGAUCAUAAAAGUACUCCAUAAGAUAUUCCAGACUGCACAAGCAUAUCAACCAGAUGUCUAUUUGAUGUGUCGAUCUAAAGAAUGCAUUAUUGUUAGUGCAAUUAGAGUGUUUGCUCAUCUCAUCUGCAAUAUGUACACUCUGAUUACAAAAAAAUUCAGCAGACAUAAUUUAAAUGAGAUAUGAUUAAGAAUGUAAGAAUCUCUUUUUUAAGAUGUUUAGCUGAUGUUUGUACAAAAAAUAUUUUGAAUGUGAUACUUCUGAUGAAAUACUAUUGGACAUUUUGGAGAUGUGCAUGAGCUAUCAAGUUUUCUGAAGCCAUUCGAUAGCUUUGUAUUAGGAACAGACAGAAAUGUGUUGUAAAUCUUGAAAUAUGGUUCUCAAGACAAUAGCUUACGAGAGGGAAAAUGUAAUGAUUAAAGGUGCUAUAUGCUGGGUUGGGAGGGUUACUUUUGAAAUGUAUUCCACUAUAGAUUACAGAAUACAUGCUGCAAAAUGUAAUUUGUAAUGUAUUCUACAAACUUUGGAUUAUUUGAGAUUUUUACACUUGUUUUGACAUUAAAAACUGCCAGUACAGAGAGACAAAAUACACAUGUUAAAAAUACAUUUUUUGAAAAAUCUAAAUAUCUUCUGCCGUGUUGUUUCUAAAACCAGAUCAAUCAAAUUUAUCUUGUUUUAAGGAUUUUAAAAAAUAUAUAUUUUUACAGGAGAACAAUUAUCAAGAAUAUGAUUUUUGCCCUAAUAUCAAAGGUCUUACUAGAAAGAAAAAAAAUUAUGAUCCAAAGUGAAUUUUCUUGAUAAAAAAAAUGGUCGUGCCUGGUAACAUGUGCUUGUAAAAUGGCUAGAAGUAGCAUUUUAUCUUGGCGUAAUGCUGACAAUUUACACAAGGUUUAUUUGUAUUCUUCUGCUUCAAACUUCUUUAUCUGCUUGUAUGAAUGUAACACAUCAUAAAAAAGUUUCACCGCUGUUCAAAUGCACUUUGGAUCGCAGCAUUUAUGUGUAUAAAUGUUUCCAGCUGAAAGGACGAAAUAUUAAAUGAA